AUGGAAACGAAAACCGAAAGCAGUGCAAAACGAACAAAAAGAAGAGUACUCGAAGAAUGUCCCAGAGGUGAGCUUGAUGAUGCAGAGGAAAACUUAUGUCCGCCAGAAACAUCUCGUCAACUUGUGGAAUACAAAUGUUGUAUUAACUGUCAAGACCAGGAGGUAGGAUUUGGAUGUGAGCCAUACAACUGUACGGGAAUCAGCGCCUGUUGGUCUGUACAAUAUUCAUCCCGACGCAUUCGUCUGAACCUUCGUAAAAAGAACAUUACUUUUCUCCCAGACAAUGUAUUUCAUGGACUUUCGGAACUUACUAACCUCGACCUUUCAUAUAACCAUAUACAAGUUCUCACCCAUAACGUGUUCAUCGGACUUUCUAAGCUUACGGAUCUUCAGUUGUGCAAGAACAACAUUACCAAGCUUUCUAAUAACCUGUUUAAUGGACUAUUACAACUUACUUAUCUAAACCUGGAUAGCAACAACAUAGCUGUGCUUCCGCCUAACGUAUUCAGUGGACUUUCCGAACUGACUUCUCUCUAUCUUUCCAUUAACCGUAUACAAUUUCUUACUCAUAACGUAUUUAAUGGACUUUCUAAUUUAGAGAAUCUGUACUUGUACGAUAACAACAUUACUACGCUCAAUAAUAACGUCUUCAACGGACUUUCUAAACUUACGCAUCUUAGCUUGUUUAGAAACAACAUUACCACCCUCUCUACUAACGCGUUCCAUGGACUUUCUGAACUUGUUUCACUCGACUUGUCUUUUAACUGUAUACCAGUUUGGACUCAUAACUUAUUCAGCAGACUUUCCAAUCUGACGGAUCUUAAUUUAGAUCAAAACAUUAUAACCACGCUCCCUCAUAGUGUGUUUAAUGGACUAUCAAACCUUACUUAUCUCAGCUUGUCUAAUAAUAGCAUUACCAUGCUUCCGCAUAAAGUAUUUAAUGGACUGUCUAAACUUACUAGUCUAUAUCUGCUGCACAAUAACAUAAAAGUUACCCAUUUCAAUCUGUUUGAUGGACUUACUGAUCUUACUCUCAUUCAUUUGGCGUUCAACGAAAUUUCGGCUAUCCCUUUCAAUCUUUUCAAAGAACAGUCAAAACUUAUUCAUUUAUUUUUGAACAACAACAAAAUCUCAGUUAUUUCACACAGCUCGUUCCAUGGUCUGCAUAGCCUACAGUAUCUCGAUAUAUCGGACAAUAAAAUAGCAGUUAUUCCAUUUGAUCUGUUCAUGGGGCUGUCAAAUCUCAUUUACCUACAUAUGCACAGUAAUGAAAUCACUGCUCUACCAUAUAAUGUUUUCUCUGGAAUAGUGGAGGGUGAUAAACACUAUAUAAACUACGAUGGAUCAACUAUCCAACCUGCUGUGUCAGAUAUACUCAUGGGUAUCUACCUACUGAUAAUAGGUGUUGUGGAUGCCUUUUACGAAGGUGUAUACGCCUGGAAUGACCAGAAAUGGAGAAACAGUAUCUUAUGUACCACGGCAGGUAUAUUAUCUAGUAUAUCCAGCGAGAUGUCGACGUUCCUCAUUCUCAUGGUGACGGUAGACAGACUUAUUGUCAUCAUGUUCCCUCUUUCCCGUCUCACUAGCAGGGGUAUCACGUGGAAACACGCUUUAAUUGUCUCAUUGACAUUAUGGAUUGUUGCUGUCACACUUGCUAUUAUCCCUGUUGUUUCUAUGCAAUCAUACUUCAAAGGAGAAUUCUACUCUCAAUCGAGUGUUUGUCUCGCCUUGCCCCUUAAAGGAGAUAAACGCCCAGGGACCGAAUAUUCCUUUGCUGUCUUUGUCUGCCUCAACAGCAUCGUAUUUCUUAUUAUUGCUGUUGGUCAGUCUUUUAUUUACAUAAGUUUGAGAAGAAGUGGUCGGCGGAUUACCUCUAACCAGAAUCGUCAAAGAGAGAUGACUGUAGCUACGACACUGCUUUUUGUUGUGGCGACAGAUUUUUGUUGCUGGUUUCCAAUAGGUGUCAUGGGUAAGUUAACGUAUUAA